GGGCCGGAGUCCGGGCGUCGGGGCGCAAUGGCGGCGGAGCAGGACCCCGAGGCGCGCGCUGCGGCUCGCCCGCUGCUCACCGACCUCUACCAGGCCACCAUGGCGCUGGGCUACUGGCGCGCGGGGCGGGCGCAGGAACAGGCGGAGUUCGAGCUCUUCUUCCGCGGCUGCCCGUUCGGCGGCGCCUUCGCCCUGGCCGCGGGGCUGCGCGACUGCGUGCGUUUCCUGCGCGCCUUCCGCUUGCAGGACGCAGACGUGCAGUUUCUGGCCUCGAUGCUGCCGUCCGACACGGACCCCGCGUUCUUCGAGCACCUUCGUGCCCUCGACUGCUCCGAUGUGACGGUGCGGGCCCUGCCCGAGGGCUCCCUCGCCUUCCCUGGCGUGCCCUUGCUGCAGGUGUGCGGGCCGCUACUGGUGGUGCAGCUGCUGGAGACGCCCCUCCUCUGCCUCGUCAGCUACGCCAGCCUCAUCGCCACCAACGCUGCGCGGCUUCGCCUGAUCGCGGGUCCGAAGAAGCGGCUGUUGGAGAUGGGGCUGCGGCGAGCCCAGGGCCCGGACGGGGGUCUUACAGCCUCCACCUACAGCUACUUGGGCGGCUUCGAUGGCAGCAGCAAUGUGCUGGCAGGACAGCUGCGGGGCGUGCCCCUGGCCGGAACCUUGGCACACUCUUUCAUCACUUCCUUUUUGGGCACUGAGGUGCCCCCCAACCCGAUGUUGGCUCCGGCUGCCAGUCAGGGCCCCGUGGUGGAUCUGGCUGCUUGUGUGGAGGCAUGGCUGGGUCGCGUGUGUGCCCAUCUGGGACUGGGGGUGCAGGAGCCCCACCGGGGAGAGCGGGCAGCCUUUGUGGCCUAUGCCCUGGCUUUUCCCCAGGCCUUCCAGGGCCUGCUGGACACCUACAGUGUGCAGAGGAGCGGUCUCCCUAACUUUCUGGCAGUAGCCCUGGCCCUGGGGGAGCUGGGCUACCGAGCAGUGGGUGUAAGAUUGGACAGUGGUGACUUGCUGCAGCAGGCCCAGGAGAUCCGCAGGGUCUUCAGGAGCAUUUCGGCCCAGUUCCAGAUGCCCUGGCUGGAAUCCGUCUCCAUCACCGUCAGCAACAACAUUGAUGAGGAGGAGCUGACCCGGCUGGCCCAGGAGGGCAGUGAGGUCAAUGUCAUUGGCAUCGGCACCAAUGUGGUCACGUGUCCCCGCCAGCCUUCCCUGGGCUGCGUCUAUAAGCUGGUGUCUGUGGGAGGCCAACCCCGAAUGAAACUGACCGAGGACCCUGAGAAACAGACGCUGCCUGGGAGCAAGGCUGCCUUCCGGCUCCUGGGCGCUGAUGGGUCUCCGCUGUUGGAUCUGCUGCAGUUGGCCGAGGAGGCGCCACCGCAGGCUGGGCAGGAGCUCAGGGUCUGGCCUCGAGGGGCCCAGGGAGCCUGUACCGUGAGGCCUGCCCACGUGGAGCCUCUGCUGAGACUCUGGGUCCAGCAGGGACAGCUGUGUGAGCCCCUUCCAUCUCUGGCCGAAUCUAGAGCCUUCGCCCAGCUGUCCCUGAGCCGUCUGAGCCCGGAGCACAAGCGGCUGGAGCAGCCUGCACUAUACCGGGUGGCGCUGUCUGAUAAGCUCCAGGCCUUGGUGGCCAGACUGCGGGCCGGAGGAUCCUCCUGAGCACCGAGCUGGGGCUGCCUGAAAUCAACAUGAAUCAUUCACUGUCUUGCA